AUGUAUUUUACAAACAAAAAAACUGGUGAACAGUAUCCGUUGGGCGGUUUUCGCCCAUCGUCAGAACCGUCAACAGCCAAAAAGUUUUCGUCCAGUCGAAAAUUUGGGUCUGCAGAAAUACCCAAAAAAGUGGAUUUACGUGAGAUGAUGACACCAGUCAAACGUCAAGGAACUUUACAAUCAUGUAAAAAUACGUCUACAGCAAUAUCUACAUCAGUAUCAUGUACUACUAAACAAAAACCUCGUCUUGAACUCCAAGGUUUUUCGUACAUAAAAGAUCGAUUUACUGAAAAUAAAACAUAUUGGCGUUGUAUAUAUUAUAAUUCUCAAAAAUGUCAUGCUCGUUUUCAUACAUGUAAUAUUACCAAUAAUGUUAUAACUCCACCUUCUGAUCAUACAUGUAAAAGUAAUGGUAUUACAGGUGAACUUCGAAAGUUUAAUGAAGAUCUUUGGUAUCGUACAAUGAAUACACAGGAAACACCUGAUUUAAUUAUAACCCAUUGUUGUAUCGGAAUGUCGGACGAAGCAUUAGCCCGUUUACCAUCACGUGAUAAUAUUAAACGUCGCAUUAGAAUGUUACCUUUAACCGUAACAUCUCGCGGCGAUAAAUUUUUACGUUGUGAUACGGGACGAGGACCAGAUCGAAUGUUAAUAUUUGCCAGUUCUGAACAAUUAGAUAUUUUACAAUCAUGUGAUGAUUUUCUUGUUGAUGGUACAUUUAAAGUGGUUCCUGAGAUUUUUUAUCAAUUAUAUGUUGUACAUGCCAUCUAUCGUGGACAUGUUGUACCAGUUGUCUAUUCAUUACUCAGUCGUAAAAAUAGUGAUACAUAUCAACGUCUUAUAAAUGAAAUAGCAGAAUUUGCUCCAUGCUGGUUCCCUGCUUCUAUUUUACUUGAUUUCGAAAAGGCAUGUGCGUGUGAAUUUUCGAUUAAAAAAAACAGCAGUAAACAUGUUGAUGUUAGUCGUUUGUUUAUUUAUUACAAUGCUCGAGUUAAAGAGGGAAAUUGGUACGAGGAUGACGGAACAACAAUUGUGGCAGCUCAUGGUCGGCCAGAACCAUCGAAACAAGCUUACGAAGAAGCUAUGAGAUAUCGUGUAUCCGAGAAGCUAUCCGUCGAUACAGAUCUAGGCAUCAUGAAAGCGUGUCUUGCUCGGGGCCUUCCGUUUGUGUUUGGAAUUCAGUUAUUUGAAUCGUUUGGCCAAGCAGAAGACCUUGAAACGAAGGGAACGGUGCCUCUACCCGGAGAGAAUGAAAAAGGGCGUUCGAAUGGUGAUGACUGGCACGCAAUGUUAGCAGGUGAUAAAGGCUACUGUUAUAUUCCGUAUGAUUACAUGGCCAAUCCAAAACGUUGUUUGGAAGCGCAUGCCGUUCAAUGCGUGAUGGAAGACGGGCCAAAUGCACUAUGGUAUCCGAUAACAGAUUCUGCUUGGAAAGACACUUCUUCCACAACGGUUUUAUCCCCAAAACAUUCAGAGCAUGUGGGAUGGAGUUCAGAUGACACCACUGAUAUUUACGGGUGGGACAAGAACAAGAAUAAAGCCGAUAGCAACUAUGCAAUUGAAGCAAAAAAAACGGAAGAAACAGAGAAGCAACCACAAACCUCAAAUGGGCCACACAUUCUGUGGGUUGAUAGUGAGAGUAAAGAUCCGCUCUGUCGACAUCUAAAAGCCGAAAGUGGUGUUACCAUUGCAUUUUGUGAGACAUACGCGAUGGCUGAAGAAUAUUUAUCUAAAAAUAUUCAAUACAUUAAAAACUGUCGACCAUUUCAAAUUAUUUGUCGUGGCUAUUAUCAGUCGGAAAACAGAAAUCCACUUAAUAUACUAGACCUAAUUAAUAACAACGAAAUUUCUUAUUCGACAUCGAUUGUUGUUUACACGAGAGAUAAAAGUGGUGUUGAGAGAUGGUUGGCGCAAUCGCCAACUCAAGCUUGGCGACAGCGAUUAUUCAUAACGGAUGACGGAGAACAAGCAUUCAACUAUAUUAAAAAGGGUUGGAAGUCCGGUACAUCAUGA